AUGGAGAAUACCACUGCUGCAAAUCCUGCUCGCUAUGGUCCAGAAGUUGAAGGUAACAUCAAGGUCGUCGACAAUGAAGGCUCACAGCCUCUCAAACCUACCUCCUCAAAUGAGAAAGUCUCCUCCUCAACCUUGAAAAGCCCACACACAGCCUAUAUGCCCCAGUCAGGUAAUGUUGAGAUUCACGGCCAGGCUACAGUUUAUGGCUCUGCCACUGUUCAUGGCCCAGCCACGGUUUAUGGCCCAGCCACGGUUUAUGGCCCAGCCACGGUCUAUGGCCCAGCCACGGUUUAUGGCCCAGCCACCGUUCAUGGCUCAGCUAUGUUCGAAACCCGAGAGCAACCUCACUCCGUGUUGAAGGAGACCUCGACCUUGGGGAACAUUCAAGCUGAUCUACUCAUUGGCCUCCGUGAGCUUCCUCAUCCAUUGCAACUAGCGUUCUCCGUUUAUCUCGGCGAUAAGAUAUUCGAGAAUAUUGUUAUUGAGCAGCUUGAUCAGCUUCGAAGCAACACACAAUCUCGGCAGAAGAGUGCUCAGGAAUUUCUCAGCUUUGUUGGGUCCUUUUUGGGAGAAAGUGACAGAGACACCGAAACCAGUGAUGCUGUCAAUCCGAUUACAGGUAUUACAGACCUACCCGAGCUACUUCAAGAAGCUAUGGUUCCGUACUUGAAAGACGAAAGGACUAAAGUGGAAUUCACAGAGCAACUUGGUAGGCUUCAAAACAAUCCACAACUCCAGCAACGGACUGCCUCAGAAAUCCUCGACGUACUGGCGUUGGAAGAAGAAGAGGGAAGCCACGAAAGUGGUCCAGCCAAAGAUUCCGGACAAGAGGACCAUCUUCACACUUCCACGCCCGUCGGGGUUAGUCAUCCAACUGAAGGUCUCGUACCGAGGGGCAAUGAACCGUCAGUUUCAGGUGACGACGCGCGCAAUGACCAUAAUUUGACCGUUGACGAUACGCCUCCUAUGCAACCCGCACGUCCUCACGAAAAGUUUUUCGACUGGGCAACGUACAAGAUUCAUCAACUUGAGGCGAAACAAGACGUCCUGGAAAACAAGCACCUCGUCACGCUAGCGCUCUACGAGUCCUUCAAAGUGAAUGUUGAAGCGCAAGGAUUCAACAUUGGCCUAGAAGGCUUCGCGAAACUUAUUCGAAACUGGUUACACAAAGAAGACUUAUUGGCAUUCUACCGGUCAUUGCCGCGUAUAAUCCUCCUACCGUUGGGUGAUGCAGAUGACCACGUCGACAAGCAACGUCUUGAGAAACUAGAUAUUGAAUUAUUCGACACCUCCAAAUUUAACGGCUUCGAUAGGCGCCUGACUUCACUUACUUAUGGAGACAGCAAAUAUGGGGCUAUAACAGUCUUUGAAUUGAAGAAGGCAGAUGACGGGAUGCCGAAAACAAUCCGGCCGAAGGCAGCGAUGAGAGAAGUUCCCAAAAUUAUACUGAAGAAGAUGGCGGAGGGUAUAAAAGGUGGAAGCAAGACGACACUAACGAUGCCUCAUCAUAAGAUCUGGGAGGUGACGGAGCAGAUAAAGAUCAAAAUGAGGAGGCUGCCAGUCCUGAAACCGAACCUCGGGACAAUCGACAACGAUGACAGAGACUGUUCGAUUGGCGACGCCUUGAAAGAUGCGCUCAGCAUAGAUGACGAGAACACACAAUUGAGUAGGUUCCACAAAUGA